CACCUCACACUUUUCCCUUCUAUAUAAACCCUUUCAACACAAUCAUUAUUUUCCUUCCCAAAACGCACUCACAUCGUGUCGUUUACUUUGAGAGAGCACUGCGCAGGCGAUUUCUGUGGUUUCGGAAAGUUCGACUCGUCGUUUUUGUCUCUUGCGGUUCAUAAGAUGUCUUACUCGAGGAGAUCAAGGUAUUCUCCUUCUCCUUCCCCAUCCCCAUACAAGGGGUACAGCAGGUACAGCAGGUCCUUAUCCAGGUCUCUUUCAAGGUCAAGAUCAAGAUCGAGAAGCCAUUCAAGGAGCGUCUCAAGUGAUGCAGAAAAUCCUGGAAAUAACUUGUAUGUGACUGGAUUAUCUCCUAGGAUCACCAAGAGAGAACUGGAGAAGCAUUUUGCAGCUGAAGGAACGGUCAUAGAUGUACAUCUUGUAGUUGAUCCGUGGACAAGAGAAUCACGUGGGUUUGGCUUUGUGACAAUGGCAAAUCUUGAGGAUGCUGAUCGGUGUGUGAAAUAUUUAAACCGCUCUGUACUUGAAGGGCGUGUAAUCACAGUGGAGAAGGCCAGAAGGCGACGUGGCCGAACCCCAACGCCUGGAAGAUAUCUCGGGCUAAGGACUAUUCGAGCACGCCGUCGCUCACGCUCCCCAAGCUACUCUUCUAGGCGCUCUCCUAGCUAUUCCCCCUACCGAAGAAGCUAUAGUCGUUCGCCAUAUUCUCCGGAUCGUAGUAGGAGUCCCUCUUAUUCUCCUGACUAUCGCCGUAGAAGGUCUUACUCUCCUGACUACCGGCGAAGGAGGUCUUACUCUCCAUAUUACUACAGUCGCCGCAGGUCCCCAUAUUCUCCAUAUUAUAGUCGUCGCAGGUCGUAUUCGCGAUAUGAUCGUUACGAGCGGCGGAGGUCAUAUUCGCGGUCUCAAUCCCCAUACAGCAGGUCACCUGUCAGUUAUCGUGACAGAUCAUACUCUCCCUAUGACUCAAGGUAUGACUCGCCUGAUGAUCGCUAUUACAGAAGGCACCACAACAGGUCAGUUUCUCCAAGUGUCUCCCCUCCCCCAAGGCGAAGGUCGAGGAGAAGCUACUCGCGGAGUGUCACUCCUGUUCGAAUGAGGAGCUGCUCUCGAAGCAUCUCUCCCCGACGCAGCAGGAGGAGCUACUCACGAAGUGUUUCUCCACCAAGGAAAAGUUCUGGGAGGAGCCAUUCAAGAAGCUCUAAAAGGAGUGGUGGUUAUUCCAAACGUAGUAGGAGCCCAAGUCCAAGUGUGAGUGCAAGUUCAAGAUCAUUUUCAAGGUCCAACACUCCUGGAUCUGCUUCUCCUUCAACUUAGAUAUAUCAUACAGCCUAGAUCAACUUAAUAUGUUAGGGAAGAAUAUCAUAGAUAUGUAGUUCUAGAAUGAGGCUUUUGUUGUUGGUUAUGUUCGUGAUUUGUGUGACAUUUGAAGAUGCUCAUAUUAUGUGGAUUUUCACGUGUAGUGAGUGCUGAAGA